UCUCUGGUGAAAUUUCGAUCAAUCGCAUGCUGAGGGAUACUAACGCCUUGGCCCACGUUCUCCAGACCUAUGCGAAAACCAAGCGGCUCCGAAGAGGAAAACAGCUCCACGCUCUGCUAAUCUGCGCAGGGUACACACCAUGCACCUUCCUCACAAACCACCUCGUCAAUAUGUACUCCAAGUGUGGAGAACUCGACCACGCUCUCAAGCUGUUCGACACAAUGCCUCAAAGAAACCUGGUUUCUUGGACAGCUAUGAUUUCUGGGUUGUCUCAGAACUCGAAGUUUUCAGAGGCCAUAAGAACCUUUUGUGGAAUGCGAAUUUGUGGGGAAGUCCCAACCCAGUUCGCGUUUUCUAGUGCCAUUCGAGCUUGUGCGUCCCUGGGCUCAAUUGAGAUGGGGAAGCAAAUGCAUUGCCUUGCUUUAAAAUUUGGAAUUGGUUCUGAGUUAUUCGUGGGUAGUAAUCUAGAGGAUAUGUAUUCCAAAUGUGGGGCGAUGUUUGAUGCUUGUAAGGUUUUUGAGGAGAUGCCGUGCAAGGAUGAGGUGUCGUGGACCGCCAUGAUUGAUGGGUACAGCAAAAUUGGGGAAUUUGAGGAAGCAUUAUUAGCUUUUAAGAAGAUGAUUGAUGAGGAAGUCACCAUUGACCAACAUGUGCUUUGUAGUACUUUAGGCGCUUGUGGGGCACUUAAGGCAUGCAAAUUUGGGAGGUCUGUUCAUUCAAGUGUUGUGAAAUUGGGAUUUGAAUCAGACAUUUUCGUGGGGAAUGCCCUCACUGAUAUGUACUCCAAAGCAGGAGACAUGGAAAGUGCUUCGAAUGUGUUUGGGAUUGAUUCAGAGUGUAGAAAUGUUGUGUCCUACACUUGUUUGAUUGAUGGGUAUGUUGAGACUGAACAAAUUGAGAAGGGUUUGAGCGUUUUUGUCGAGCUGAGAAGGCAGGGUAUUGAACCUAAUGAGUUCACUUUUUCCAGUUUGAUCAAGGCUUGUGCUAACCAAGCCGCACUUGAACAAGGGACCCAGCUUCAUGCCCAAGUGAUGAAAAUCAAUUUUGACGAGGACCCAUUUGUUUCUUCCAUUCUUGUUGACAUGUAUGGGAAAUGUGGCUUGCUUGAACACGCAAUACAAGCGUUCGAUGAGAUUGGUGACCCAACUGAGAUUGCAUGGAACUCGUUGGUGAGUGUGUUUGGUCAGCAUGGUUUAGGAAAAGAUGCUAUAAAAAUUUUUGAGAGGAUGGUUGAUAGAGGAGUGAAACCAAAUGCAAUAACAUUUAUCAGCCUUCUAACAGGGUGUAGCCAUGCUGGAUUGGUGGAGGAAGGGUUAGACUAUUUCUAUUCCAUGGACAAGACUUAUGGAGUAGUGCCUGGAGAAGAACAUUAUUCUUGUGUUAUUGAUUUGCUUGGCAGAGCUGGAAGGCUCAAAGAAGCUAAAGAAUUUAUAAACAGAAUGCCCUUUGAGCCAAAUGCUUUUGGAUGGUGCUCUUUUCUAGGGGCUUGCAGGAUUCAUGGUGAUAAGGAGAUGGGCAAGCUUGCAGCAGAAGAACUAGUGAAGCUUGAGCCCAAGAAUAGUGGGGCGCUUGUUUUGCUGUCAAAUAUUUAUGCAAAUGAGCGGCAAUGGGAGGAUGUAAGGAGUGUAAGGAUGAGGAUGAGAGAUGGGAAUGUGAAGAAAUUGCCUGGUUAUAGUUGGGUUGAUGUUGGCUGCAAAACCCAUGUUUUUGGAGCUGAAGAUUGGUCUCACCCGAGAAAGAGUGCAAUCUAUGAGAAGCUUGACAGUCUGUUGGAUCAGAUAAAAGCAGCUGGAUAUGUUCCUCAUACAGAUUCUGUUCCACUUGACAUGGAUGAUAGUAUGAAGGAGAAGCUGCUUCAUCGUCACAGUGAGAGGAUAGCUGUUGCAUUUGCACUUAUAAGCAUGCCUAUUGGGAAGCCUAUCAUUGUGAAAAAGAAUCUAAGGGUGUGUGUAGAUUGCCAUUCUGCAAUCAAGUUCAUUUCUAAAGUUACAGGAAGAAAGAUCAUCGUCAGGGACAAUAGUAGAUUCCACCAUUUCACAGAUGGGUCAUGUUCUUGUGGAGAUUACUGGUAAGAUUUCCAUGGCUCAAAUAUUGCUUUAAGGGAAUCCAAUGCCAACAAUUACCAGAUACUUCUGGAAAAGACACUUCUUUUGAGCCAGCAUUGGCAAAUAGGAUGAUAUGAUUGUCCCAAAGGAAGCUCUGGGGACUGGAACAUGCUAAGAGUAUAUAUUCAUCUUACGAAGGAGUGCUCAGAAAGAGGACUCUGCAGUUAUUUUCAAUUCAAUUCCUUCACAUUGUUGUUUCCUUAGACAAAUUUACAUAUGAUUCUUUUCAAGGCAGGACUAUGACAGAUUCAUGAUGCUGCACUGCCAAGGUAUAAUAAAGCUUCGUAGAAGGGUUUCUUCUGUGCA